AUGACAGCUCUUGAAAAUUCAAUUCCAAAAACAAAAAUCGUUCUUGAUUUCGUUAUUGUCGGUGCCGGUUUGGGUGGUGUUACCGCAGCCAUCUGUUUGAAGUUAGCAGGUCAUAACGUUAAGUUGUUAGAACAAGCAUCUGAAUUGGGUGAAAUUGGAGCUGGUAUCCAGAUACCACCACCCUCAGUUAAGAUUAUCAAAACAAUCGGUUGUUUGGAUAAUCUUUUGAAGCAUUCUAUGAUUCCAGAAAAUUUUAAGAUUUUCCGUUGGGAAGACGGUAAGCAGAUUUCAGAGCAAAAUUUGGUUCCAUACACUGAGGAAAACUACAAUUCCAUGUACUUGCAUGUUCACAGAGCGGACUACCACAAAGUUUUAGUGGAGAGAGCAAAAGAAGUCGGUGUUGAUAUGAUCUUAGACACGCAUAUCGAUAACGUUGACUUCGAAAAUAAUACUGUUACAGCUUCCAAAGGUAAAUCAUACACCGGUGAUGUCGUUGUUGGAUAUGACGGUAUUAAAUCAAAAUUGAGAUCAGCUGUCUUAGGUCAUGAAGAUUUACCUUAUGAUACUGGUGAUUUAGCAUACAGGGCCUUGAUUAAGGUCGAAGACAUGAAGAAACACGCCGAAUUAGCUCCAUUCUAUGAAACCGCUAAUAUUAACUUUUGGUGGGGGCCAGAUAAGCAUAUUGUGGUUUAUUUAUUACAAGGUGGUAAAACGUGUAAUGUUGUGAUCUUAUCGCCAGAUACCUUACCAAAAGACGUUGCAGUCCAAUAUGCUGAUAAAGAAGAAAUCACUGCUAUCUUUGAAGAUUGGGAUCCAAGAUUAAAAACUUUGUUCAGUUUAAUUCAAGAGACUGGUAAAUGGAGAUUACAAAAUUCCAGAGAAUUGCCAGUAUGGACUCCUAAAAAAGGUAACUUCAUCAUUUUAGGAGAUGCUUCUCAUGCAACUUUGCCAUAUUUAGCUUCUGGUGCUUCGCAAGCUUUAGAAGAUGCCGCCGUAUUGGCAGGUUUGUUCAGCAGAAUCGAAGAUAAGUCGCAAAUUCGUGAUUUAUUAUCCGUUUGCGAGUCAUUAAGAAAAUGGAGAACAACUCAAGUUGUUCAAGGUUCCACUGAGUGCAGAAACAUCUUCCAUGUACAUGAUGGCCAGGAACAAGUUACAAGAGACAAGAAACUUGCCAUCAAUCCACCAGUUAUUGGAUGUCCAAAUAGAUGGGCUGAUCCAAAAUUUCAAGAGUUCUUAUGGGGUUACGAAGCUUUUGCUGAAGCUGAGAGAGGUUGGAAUGAAUAUAAGACAGGCAAGUCUCCAAUAUAUUCCUUCGGUGGGUUGUAUGAAGAUGCCAAACUUUAG